UACGUUUAUAAAGUUCCCAUUUUCUUUUGUCUCCCCAUAUUCUCUCCUCUUCUCAGCCUAAUGAAUAUAUAGUUCGCUCGGAGUUGCUUUGAUUCCUUUCGUCUUCUCUCUCAAAAGAUCAAUAAAGUCGCGAAGGUGUUAUUUCGUAGGCAAAGUUUAAAGGACUAAGAAAUGGGUCAGAUCCAGUAUUCCGAGAAGUACUUCGAUGACACUUACGAGUACCGGCAUGUUGUGCUUCCACCGGAAGUGGCAAAACUGUUACCCAAGAAUCGCCUCCUCUCUGAAAAUGAAUGGCGUGCAAUUGGGGUCCAGCAGAGCCGUGGAUGGGUACACUAUGCGAUUCAUCGCCCUGAGCCACACAUCAUGCUCUUCAGGAGGCCUCUCAACUAUCAGCAGCAGCAGGAGAACCAGACCCAGCAGAACGUGCUUGCUAAGUGAUUAUCGUUUCACGCAGUUUGCUUUUGAUCUCUCAAGUCAAAUGAAUGAAUGACUAAGGGGGAUGGUUUAUGUUUGCUUAAGAAAUACAUUUUGACGUUUGAACUAAGCUUUGUAUCUGUGUUAAUUCUCCUGUUUGGGGAAUUUUAUACUUGUCAUUGCCGCUACAUAGAUAUAUGUUAGUUUAGCUCUAGUGUACUAUUAUGUUGUGGGUUUUGUUUAAUGGUAGAUCUUGACUGAUAAUGUUCCUUAUCUGCUCUCUGGGUCCUGGUAUUUCUGUUGUUGGAGAUCACGAGAAUAGGAUUGUAUUUGUCUAACUUAAUACUUCUGGUUGUCGUUUACCUAUUAUUUUUUCUUGGAGCUGUGAAGGAAAACAACUGAUGUUAGCUGAAUAUGGUAAGCGUGACUACUAUAUGCCACAAACUCUAUGAUUUAUCAAUGUUAUCCAUUAUUUCUUGAAUA